CAAUAUUAAAAUACUCUCGUUUUAUCCUCACUUCUCAAUCAUUCUCCUUUUCGUCCCUCGUUUUGACGCUUUUGCACACCCUAAACAAGGCCUUUUAGGUCAUCGCUUCAUUUCGCAUAUCGGCGCCAUUCGUUCUUUCCACUUAGCAAAAUACAAACGCACCUUAUUUUCUUUCAUUCUUACUCUUUUCGUUCGGCCGUCCGCUCUCUUUUCCUGGCCUCAUCAUCGGGAGCUUCUUGACAGCAACACGCCCGUCUAGCCUGCCGUCUUGUCUACCAAAGCCAAAGCGCCAGGAAGGGAGAACCCCAGUAUCGCGUCAACCAGCCCUGUGGCUUCGACCCGACCUUCUUGUCGACGUUCCCAGGCGUCCCCCGACGAAUCCGACUAACGAGAGCUCAGAGACUUUGCUCUACGUCAACUUGAACUCAUCUCUCUUUAUCAUCUCUUCUUACGCUACGCAACAACAUUCAUCAUGUAUUCUUCAAGGCUUGUUCAGGUGCUGGUCGUGGUGGUGUCUAUCCUCUGCAUAGCGCAGGCCACCUGGUGGGACAAUCAAAAAGUUCACCACAGAGCGUUGAUCCGACGAGCAGAUUCCCUUUCUGACACUCUGAAUGGUUUGACCGGCUCUUCAAGUUCGGAAAACGCAACCCCAUCCUCAUCCUCGACUCCGACGUCACCCUCCCAAACUUCCAGCUCAACGCCCUCUGAGACCACGUCAUCCGACGAUUCAUCAUCAAGCACCUCUGCUUCUCCAUCCUCUACCCCAACCCCGGACGGAUCUUCUUCUUCAACUCCUGCACCGGGCGGCACUACUACUACUCCUUCUUCUACCUCGGCUGGUUCUACCACUGCCGGUCCUGAUUCGAGCUCAACUUCCGCCUCUGCUCCAUCCACCACGCCUCCCCCUGGAAGCACCACGUCCAGCAGUAAGGAGAGCAGCGACAACAAGACUUCCGAUGGCGGAGAUGACAAGGGUGGAGACUCGCAACAAACUACCUUUGUUUCGACCAAGGUUGAAGUAGUUGUUAUGACCAACACCGAUGGCUCCAAGACUACUCAUACUACCACGACAAAGACCACGGAGACUGCGGCCCUCAACGCCGAUACCUCUAAGCCCACCGGCAUGUCGGUUAAGACUCGCAACACCAUCAUUGGUGUCGUUGUCGGCGUUGGCGGUGCUGCUAUCCUCGGCGCCCUCCUUUUGGUCGCCUUCCGAGUCUGGGGCCGCAAGAAGCAUGCCGAGGAAGCCGAUGGCCUCAUGGCUUACAACGCUGAUAUCGUUGCCGCGGAGAAGUCUCCCCGAGGUAGUUCGUCGGGUGGCCAGCGGAAUCCGUUCCAGUCGACGUUGGAGAAUUACCACCAGCCAGUAAAUGCAUCGGCUAACUUUUAAGGUAUUUUGCGGUGGGAUUUUUUUCUUUUUGCAGCUGUUGCGGCAUGCGGAUAUGGUCCACCCCAAAGCAUGGGUUACGAUGUAUGUCGAGAAGAUUUUGACAAGCGAUGCCGCAGACUUUGGAAGGACGGAGGAACAAAUUAAAAAAAAAAGAAUCUGAGCGAGGCUACUAUACGUGUAUGCGAGACUGGUUUGCAAACUGCAUAGCGAGCUCUUUUAUUUUUCUGUUGCUUUGCAUAUAGAAUUGAUACUGUUUAUAGGGAAAGAAAGCGUGAUACCUAACUAAUUACUUGGAACACUGAAUAUAAAUAUUUCUUUUACGUCCC